ACAAAACCAUCGCCACCCCUCCCACUCACCUGCUGCCAAUCGACCAAGAAAGCACGCACAGCCACACCGCACCAAGUCAGGGAGAAGGCCAUGGCCGGCGUGAACUCAACCAGCGUCGUCGGGCUCAAGCCCGCCGCGGCGGUGCCGCAGGCCGCCGCCUCCUCGCCGGCGAAGCGGGUGCAGGUCGCCCCCAAGGACCGGGCGGCCGAGGGCCGGCGCGCGGCGCUCCUCGGCCUGGCGGCCGUCUUCGCCGUCACCGCCACCACCGGGUCGGCCAAGGCCGGGAUCAUCGACGAGUACCUCGAGAAGAGCAAGGCCAACAAGGAGCUGAACGACAAGAAGAGGCUGGCCACCAGCGGCGCCAACUUCGCGCGCGCCUACACCGUCGAGUUCGGCAGCUGCCAGUUCCCCUACAACUUCACCGGCUGCCAGGACCUCGCCAAGCAGAAGAAAGUGCCGUUCAUCACCGACGACCUCGAGAUCGAGUGCGAGGGGAAGGAGAAGUACAAGUGCGGCUCCAACGUCUUCUGGAAGUGGUGAAGCGCUCGCUUGAUUGGCCAGGAACUGGAGGGAGCGCUGGCGGUGUAACGUGUGUACCUAGAUGCCCAAACUGCAGGAAAAAUUUGGAUGUGUAAUUUACCGUCAUUGUAUCUGUGCCAUCUCAUCAUCGUCUGAACAUGAACCUCUUGCAUUGGGGAGACUAAAAUUGUAGUAUUGAUUCUUGGCCGACUCCUCA